AUGGCUCUUCAACCUCCGUCAGAGCCCAUUGAGAAUCUGAAGGAUCCUGGUGCUCAUGAGUUGCCCGGCGUACCUAAGAUCUCUGAACCCGAAGAGUCCGAUGACCACUUCUCAGAUGCCUCCGAAGGCACUCCGUCGUACCCUCCUGCUAUCACUGGUCGCAACCGCGCCCUGUCCAUUCCCGUCACUCGCGUUGAGAAAGUAGACGACGAGCCUAGACAUGGCGAGGUUCCUGGAACUGAAGCCUACAACAUCAGAUCUCAAGACGCUGUACCUGACGAGAUAGAGAUUGUCCCCGACGGCACCAGAAGCCGCAGCACUUCGCGUGUCAGCGAAUCUGACAGACCUGUGACUCCUGGUGGCACCCCAGUCCCCCAUCUUGUUGUCGAGAAGGUCGAUCCCGCCGCCCCUAGCCAUGGCGAUGUUCCCGGCACAGACGCAUAUGAGAUGCGAACUGCCGAUGCUCAACCUGAUGAGGUCAAGCAGGCCCCUGCCUCAUCGAGUGCCCCUCUUGAGCCAUCACCAACUCCCAAUGACAGAUCUCGAUCCCCAAGCCCAGAACUCGACCAACAAGAAGCCAACGUCCUGAUCCCCUCUGAGACCCUCAUUUUACAGGAAUCACAAGAAACCUUCCAAUCCGAUCUCCCGCUCCAACCCAAGACCGACACUACCAUCGUACCACCAGCAGAGGAAAACGCAGACGACUUUGACGACUUCGACCAACCACAAACACAAAACAACAAUCAUGCCGACAACGAUGACGAUGCUUUCGGUGACGACUUUGACGACUUUGAAGAAGGUGGUGCGGAUCAGGCAGACGGAGAUGAGGAUGAUGACUUUGGUGACUUUGACGAUGGCUUCCAACAAGCAGAAGAGCCUCCUGUCGCCGCACCUCCCCCUCAGCCUGUACAGCAGCCUCUAGCACACCUUACCUCAGAAGAUAUACUUCAAGCAAUGUCGCCCUACAUGUCUGAGCUCUUCCCUGAACUUUACGAUCAAGAAACUGCAACCUCGGACAAGUCAGCCGCUCUAUCUACUGAUCCUAUCCUCACCGACCGUAGCGCGUCUCUCUGGUCUCAACUUGUUGCUCCCCCUCCAUUACAACCACCAAACUGGAUCCGCAGUCGUAUUCGCCGCCUGUUCUUGGUCUCCUUGGGUGUUCCUGUCGACCUGGACGAGAUUUUACCCGCUAGUAAACAAAAGAAAUUAGUCCUACCUAACAUCCACCUGCCGGAACAGAAGAAAGAGGAUAGCAAAGCCAAACAAGAUGGUAGCAAUUCUACUGGAGGAAGAAAGGGUCCUGCACCUCCGCCAGAGUUCAAUGCCAACGAAGCAGCCAUGCUUGCCAAGACGACAGACACAGCCACUGAGGCUUAUUCUGAUGAUGAGCUAAAGGCACAUGUGAAGAGGUUGGAGGAACUUAUCAAAGAUGCGAGCACGGUGCUUGAGUACUGGAUGCAGAGGAAGGAAAGUGCUAUAGGCGACAAGGAAGCAUUUGAAGGUGUCAUUGAGAAUCUUGUUGGCUUUGUCAAGAGUCGACGAUGA